AUGACGUCACCCCCUUCUUCUUCGAUCAAAAAGCUGCGCGUGAGAGGUGAGGAGUCACACGCUGCUGCUGAAGCAAAUCGCUGCCAGAAUCGCGAGAGAACCGCCGCCAUCCCUGCUGCUCAUUCCGACGCCGACCGUGAAGCCACAGCUCCCGUUGACCGCCGUAGAGCUUCUCCCGUGAGACGCAGUCGUCGAGAAAGCAUCCCGACGCAACGUCUUCUCAGCUCUGCCGCCACAGCUCGUGUCGCCGUCGAUCUCCUGGUCCGAGUCGUCACCAUCGUCCGUGAAACCUCUCUGUGGCUGCAAGUCUUCAUCACCCCUUCAAGUGUUGCUGUCGUCAUUGUGGCUGGUGUGAUCUGUCAUUGUCCCGAAGGAUUAAGUGUUGCUGUGAGUUGUUCUGCUGGAGAAGGUGUUAGAGUUGCCGAGUCGUCGUUUCAUUUCCGUUUCAGCCAAAAGAGACUAAGGUGA